AUGUCUCUGUACUAUGAUGCAGUGACUGUCCUCACCGCUAGCUCCCAUGAGGGCUCGUUGAAAUCUCGAAUCUACGGGAAUACGCUGGCGUUGAAAUCCAAGCCAGCACACAUCUAUGCGCUCAUUUCGGAAACGGCAAAAUACGACCGGUUCAUCAAAGAAGUCGUCGACAAUGCGGGCCUCCUGGCUCAGGAACCAAAGUUGACACCGCUCCUUUCCCUGCUUCUUGUCCACGACCAUCUCUUCUCGAAAAAUGGUCUUGCCGCGCCCUCUGCACAUCCCCUGCGACAAACGAUCGAAAGGAAUAAAGCUAGGCUGCAAGCGGAAUUUACGAAGGCCAGGCUGCGGAGAAGAUGUGUUACGGUAGACGAGUUGCGAAGAAGUCUUUUGGCAGAAAGUCCGCGAGCAUGCCGCUCUCAACCAAGAUGGAUUCGCAUCAACACCUUGAAGACUAGCCUCGCGCAAGAGUUUACUACGACCUUCGAAGGCUACCGGUGUGUUGCCACUAUCAUGGAAGUGACGAAUGCUUCUGCUACGGAAAAGGUCCUGGCCAUUGAUCGGCAUGUUCCACAUCUAAUCGCUCUACCUCCCGAGGCAGACGUGACGAAAACACAAGCUUACAAGGCUGGAAAACUCAUUCUGCAGGACAAGGCCUCCUGCUUCCCUGCAUACAUGCUCGUCGGAGAAAGGGACGAUAGUUCUGAUAUUGGUGACUGCAUCGAUGCCUGUGCUGCACCCGGAAACAAGACUUCUCAUCUUGCCGCGCUACUUGCUGAAAAUGGGAGGUUGGGAAGCAAGGUGUUUGCUUGUGAGCGGGAUUCGCAUCGGUCGAAGAUUUUACUAUCCAUGAUGCAGAAGAGCGGGUCAGAGGCUGUGAUUGUUCAGCCAAGUUGUGACUUUUUGACCCUCAGCCCACGAGAUGCUAAGUACAAGAAAGUCACACAUCUUCUGCUGGACCCGAGCUGUUCCGGCAGCGGAAUCAUUGGCCGCGAAGACAUCCCUGCCUUAGCACUACCUGUUGAUCGAAGAUCUGAAAAGACAUCUGCCACAACGUCUCAAAAGGCCUCAAGGAAAAGGAAAAGAGAUCAUGAUCACAAUGGGGCUAUGACCAAUACAAGUGAUGCCGAAGAAACGAGAGAGGCGGUGCUGGACGGCACAAGAUUGCUGAAAUUGUCCAAUUUGCAGGCCAGGAUUGUUGAGCACGCUCUUUCUUUCCCUGCCGCAAUCCGCGUUACUUAUUCGACCUGUUCAACCCACGUGGAGGAAAACGAAGCUGUCGUGUCUCGAGUGUUACAGUCUGGGGUUGCGAAGGAAGGAAAUUGGCGGCUGUUACGAAGGGAAGAACAAGCUUGUGGGAUGCGUGGAUGGGUGUCUCGCGGUACGGCUGUGGCACGGAACGGAGCGAGUCGUCUUUCAUCCUUGAACGAAGAGGAUCGUGAGGCAUGCAUUCGGUGCCAUCCAGGAGAUGACGAAGGGACGAUGGGAUUUUUCGUAUGCUGCUUUGUCCGUUCGCCCGCGGGGACGACACAGAGUACCUCUGAGGUUAUUGGUGCACAGGAAGGAGAGGAUAGUUGGGAGGGGUUUGGCGACUAG